CGCAUUGAGAAGCCGGUGCGAUCGGUUGAGACUUCGUUACCUUUUGCAGUCCGUUCUUUCCAGUCUCUGUGUAUGUAUAUGGUGUACCAUACUGGCAAAGUGUUCGUUGUGAAAACAAAGUAAUUGGAUGCAAAUUCCCUAAACGUAAAUAAAGAAAACUGCAAUGUCUGCGAAGACUUCUGUGUGGCUUGCAUUCUUUUGCGCCCUUUGCUGUCUAAUUCACGAUGCCGAUCUGCGGAGUAUUCAGCAAAAGGCCUCUCAGUGCGGCUAUCAGAGCUGUCAUCCCACAAAGCCGAAUAUGCUGAACGUGCAUCUUGUAGCACAUACACAUGAUGACGUCGGAUGGCUGAAGACUGUGGACCAAUAUUACUAUGGCAGCGAGACGAGGAUUCAGAAAGCUGGAGUGCAAUAUAUUAUCGAUUCGGUUGUGGAGGCUCUGCUGAGAGAUCCCGAGAAACGAUUCAUAUAUGUCGAGUCCGCCUUUUUCUUCAAAUGGUGGAAGGAGCAGACCACCAAGGUCCAGGAUGCUGUAAAGAUGUUGGUGGAACAAGGCAGACUCGAGUUCAUUGGCGGCGCUUGGAGUAUGAAUGAUGAGGCGACAACGCACUACCAGAGUGUGAUUGAUCAAUUUUCUUGGGGCUUAAGACUUUUGAAUGAUACCUUUGGAGAGUGUGGACGUCCGCGGGUUGGAUGGCAAAUAGAUCCCUUCGGUCACUCCAGGGAAAUGGCUUCCAUGUUCGCCCAGAUGGGUUUCGAUGGAAUGUUUUUCGGACGAUUGGACUACCAAGACAAGGACGAACGUCUAAUGACCAAAAAUGCUGAAAUGAUAUGGCACGGAUCAGCAAAUCUAGGUGAGGAAGCGGAUCUGUUUAGCGGUGCUCUAUACAACAAUUACCAGGCACCAGAUGGAUUCUGUUUCGAUGUUUUAUGCAGCGAUGCCCCUAUAAUUGAUGGCAAGCACAGCCCCGAUAACAAUGUUAAAGAGCGCGUUGAUGCCUUCUUGGAAUAUGUUACUAAAAUGGCCACACAAUUUCGCACUCCCAACGUGAUACUUACCAUGGGUGAGGACUUCCACUACCAAAAUGCCGAUAUGUGGUAUAAGAACCUGGAUAAGUUGAUUAAAUAUGCCAAUGAGCGUCAGGCGAAUGGUUCAAAUAUAAACCUGCUUUACUCGACACCAUCGUGUUAUCUGAAAUCGCUGCACGAUGCCGGCAUAACUUGGCCCACAAAGAGCGAUGACUUCUUCCCCUAUGCCUCCGAUCCCCAUGCUUACUGGACCGGAUAUUUCACAUCGCGCCCAACUCUGAAGCGAUUUGAACGGGAUGGUAACCACUUCCUGCAAGUUUGCAAGCAACUGAGUGCUCUGGCCCCCAAUAAACCCGAGGAAUUCGCUCCCCACUUGACCUUCAUGCGCGAAACCCUGGGAAUAAUGCAGCACCAUGAUGCCAUAACUGGAACGGAAAAGGAAGCGGUUGCUCUGGACUAUGCCAAGAGGAUGAGCGUUGCCUUCAGAGCCUGUGGUGCCACCACUCGAAAUGUUUUGAAUCAACUCACAGUGCAAUCCAAAGAAAAUGUCAAAGAUAAAGCAGCCAAAUAUGUCUUUGAAUUCAAAACCUGUGCCUUGCUAAACAUCACUUCCUGUCCCGUUUCCGAAGUAAAUGACAGAUUUGCUCUAACGCUUUACAAUCCUCUGGCUCAUACGAUCAGUGAAUAUGUGAGGAUUCCCGUAUCAGAUCCUAAUUACAAAAUCAUCGAUAAUAAGGGUGUGACUUUAGAAACCCAAGCUGUGCCAAUUCCCACACCAGUAAUCAAUAUAAAGCACCGAAACUCGACUGCCAAAUAUGAACUGGUGUUCUUGGCCACCAACAUUCCACCUUUGGGAUAUCGUACGUAUUAUAUUGAAAAACUGGAUAAUACUGAAGCCACCGGAAAGACAAGGGCUUCGCCGAAGAGCACUACAAGUGUGACAGUAAUUGGAAAUAGUCAUAUUAAACUUGGUUUUGACACCAAUGGAUUCCUUUCUGAGGUAACCGCUGAUGGCCUAACCAGAUUGGUUAGCCAGGAGUUUUUGUUCUACGAAGGUGCUGUUGGAAAUAAUGCCGAGUUUCUCAAUCGAUCAUCCGGAGCUUACAUCUUCCGGCCAAACGAGAACAAGAUUCACUUUUCCGCCGACCAAGUUGAAAUUGAAGUCUACAAGGGCGAUUUGGUCCAGGAAGUCCAUCAGAAGUUCAACGAUUGGAUUAGCCAGGUGGUGCGAGUCUACAAUAAGGACUCUUUUGCAGAAUUCGAGUGGUUGGUUGGACCGAUUCCCAUUGAUGAUGGCAUCGGCAAGGAGGUCAUUACUCGCUUUAACUCUGACAUCGAGUCAGACGGCAUUUUCCGCACCGAUUCAAAUGGUCGUGAAAUGAUAAAGCGAAAACUCAACCACCGUGAUACGUGGAGCGUGAGGAUCAACGAAGAAGUGGCUGGAAAUUACUACCCCAUUACGACCAAAAUAGAUCUGGAGGACGAUACAGCACGCAUGGCGAUCCUGACAGACAGAGCCCAGGGAGGCAGCUCCUUGAAGGAUGGAUCCUUGGAGUUGAUGGUCCAUCGUCGCUUGUUGCGUGAUGAUGCUUUUGGCGUGGGCGAGGCUCUGAAUGAAACCGAAUUCGGCGAUGGUCUGAUUGCUCGCGGAAAGCACCACCUCUUCUUUGGACGGUCCACUGAUCGCGAAGGUGUCUCCCUUAAAGCGCUUGAGCGACUAACCCAGCUGGAGAAACUGAUGCCCACAUGGAAAUUCUUUAGCAACAUGGAGGCCUAUAGUGCCGACGAAUGGCAGACAUCCUUUACAAACACUUUCACAGGGAUUUCUUUGGUUCUGCCCAAGCCCGUAAACCUCCUUACCUUGGAACCCUGGCAUGAGAAUCAACUUCUGGUGCGAUUCGAGCAUAUAAUGGAGAACGGAGAGGAUGCAUCUUACUCCAAACCCGUGCAGUUCAAUGUUAAAAACGUACUGAGUGCUUUCGACAUUGAAGGCAUCCGGGAAACAACUCUGGAUGGAAAUGCCUGGUUAGACGAAACUCGAAGAUUCCAAUUCGCUCCUGAUCCCGAAGAAGCGGCAUUUAACACAUACGGAACAUUUGAGGAACCCGCGAAGUCUGUACACCUAUUAAGUCCGGAGAAACCCAUGCUGGGUGUUAAAUAUGCAGAGGAAGCUUUGCCAGCAGGACAGUUGGGUGCCCAGAGUAACCGGAUUAAGCGCGAAACCAACUCAGAACAAAUUAAUAAGGACGAGGGACGAUCAUCAAAGUCAUCGGAUGGUGCAUAUAAUUCCUUCAAGGCAGACAGCGAUAGUCAGGAUUACAUUAUUGAACUGAGCCCAAUGGAGAUCCGAACUUUCAUUGUUUACUUAAAAACAGCCUAAAGUUCUUAUUUAUGAAAAGCAACAAACAAUGUGUUUAAUAAAAUUAAAUAAUAUAUAAAUGUUAA